GGAUGAAAUUAUCCAAACAUCACACAAACAAAAAACACACGCACAAAAGGUUUCGCAGACGCAGUUUUACAGCCUCCACAGUUUUUGCAGCUCACUCCCUACUCUCUUUGUAUCGCUAGAUUAAUCAAUCAAUCCUAAAAUGGCUGAAGAAAACGUUGGAGAACAGGAAAUUAGUAGUAUGCCUGAGGUGGGUGUUGUGCCAGAAGUGGGUGGUGUACCUGAUAUGGUCGGCGUCCCUGAGAAAGAAAGUGUUCCUGAAUUGGGUGGUGCCCCUGAUACAGAGGUUGUUCCUGAGACGGAGGGUGUGCCUGGCACAGAUGGUGUGCCUGGCACAGAUGGUGUGCCUGAAUUGGGUGGUGUGCCUGAGACGGGUGAUAUGACUGAGACAGGUGGCCUGAGUAAUGAUUCAAAUCCACCUGAAGUUCAUGAGUCCGAAAGUGAUCAAAAAGGUGACAGUGCCGUGAACAAUGACAGCGAAAAGAAAUGGCCUGGAUGGCCUGGAGAGAAUGUUUUUAGAUUGUUAGUUCCCGUGCAAAAGGUUGGCAGUAUCAUUGGGCGAAAGGGGGAGUACAUUAAAAAAACUUGCGAGGAAACUAAAGCCCGCAUUAAAGUUCUUGAUGGUCCUCCUGGGACCACUGAAAGAACAGUUAUGAUUUCUGCGAAGGAAUUGCCAGAUGUUCCCACUCCUCCUGCUGUAGAUGGUUUACUGAAAGUUCAUAAACGUAUUGUUGAUGUUGAUGCCGAUCCAUCUCAGGCUCCACCUGGUACAGGUGGAACAGUGUGCACAAGAAUGCUUGUUGCUGCCACACAGGGGGGAAGCCUGAUUGGGAAGCAAGGUGCCACUAUAAAGUCUAUACAAGAUGCAUCAAAUUGUAUUAUUCGAGUUCUUGGAAGAGAAAAUCUGCCAGUUUUUGCUCUUCCAGAUGAUGGUGUCGUUGAGGUACAGGGAGAGGCCGCAGGAGUACACAAGGCUAUCGAACUGAUUGCAAACCACCUCAGAAAAUUUUUAGUUGAUCGGAGUGUGAUAGGAAUAUUUGAAAUGCAAAUGCAAUCGCCAAAUACUCAUGGUAAUCAGGACGCACCACCUCCACAGUCUUGGGGGCCUCAAGUUUAUGGUAUGAAUGCUGGUGGUGGGCAUGGAUUUGCUCCAAAUCAUCAAUAUGCACCACCACCACGUCAGUUUGACAACUACUAUCCACCAGCAGAUAUGCCUCCGAUUGAAAAGCAACCACGAGCAGGACCACCAGCAUAUGGCAGGGAUAUGUCAAUGGGAACGCAACCAAAUAUCCAAUCACAUCAAUCAAUGGUCACAAAGGUCUCUCGCAACAUGCAAAUUCCACUUACAUAUGCAGAUGCUGUUAUUGGAGCCUCUGGGACAAAUAUUAGUUAUAUUAGACGUGCCAGUGGUGCAACUAUUGCAAUACAGGAAACAAGAGGUAUUCCGGACGAGAUGACUGUCGAGAUAAAUGGAUCUGCAUCAGAAGUUCAGACUGCCCAGCAGUUAAUACAGAACUCGAUUGCUCAAGCUGCAAAUGCUGCACAAAACGCUCCAGCUGUCCCUGGCCAAGGAUAUAAUCCUUAUCCCAAUCAUGGACCUGGAUAUCUACCUCAACAACAAGAUGGUGCUGGUCAUGCACCUGCUGGAGACUAUGGCUCUGUCUAUGGGAACUAUGGCUAUUGAAGUUGACAUUAUAUCCAUUUACCAGAAGAAGAAAUGUUGGCAGUUAGGGAAUGUUGUACUGAGAUGUUACGGUUAGGAAUACUUUUGUUUUAUUAUUCUAGAUACUUAAUUUUUUCUCUCUCUCUUUCGGUUUAUACUUUAAUUUUCAUUUUAAACUUUAAGUUUGUCCAA